GACCGCUGAGUCAAACUUUACAGAUUUGCCCCGCCAUUAUUUCAAACCACCCCUCUAUCCGCUUCCCGACUACGCUCACCACCGCCACGGCUCACAACAGAAGACGUUGUGUCAAAAUCCAAAAGCUACGUAGAAGCAACGGUUUUUUGGGGGGGAGGUUUUUUCUUUUUCACCCUCUAAAUCUAUCAAAAGCUCAUAAAAAAUGUCUUUGGACCCCUUCGACGACGUCCUUACCCUCGAGGACCAAUUCUUCGCCGAGGGCUACCGCCAAGGCACCGAGGAUGGCAUCCAGGCCGGCAAGAUCGAGGGUCGCUCCGUCGGCCUGGCAAAGGGCUAUGAAAAGUUUCUCGAGAGCGGCAGGAUACACGGCCGCUCCGUCGUGUGGGCAAACCGGCUGUCCCUGCCGCAAAAGAGCGGCGCCGCAAACCCUUCAAACUCUUCGUCACAAUCACCACGAGACCCCGCGGGGGCGCCACGGCGGCAAGAGGCAUGCUCCCUGCCGCCGCUGGCGAGCAAUACGAGGCUCGAGAAGAACGUCACGGCGGCAUUCGCGCUCGUCGAGCCGGACACGCUGGCCAGGGAGAACAGCGACGAGGCCGUCAACGACUUUGACGACAGGCUCAAGAGGGCGCAGGGCAAGGUCAAGAUCAUCGAGCGCAUGACGGGCGAGGCGGCUGCCGAUUCAAAGGUAGCGGAGGCCAAAGAGGUAUGAAAGGGGGGAUGCAUCUGGAAAGCAUGGGACGGUGUUGUCAAGGAUCGUCGGGCUUUACCCACGAAUGGAUGGUUAGGAUUAAGAAGGGCCGAAAUACCCACCGGGUGAAUAGGCUAGAGACAGCAAGACAUAAAUACUCCUUAGACUCAGGAUUUGAAGAAGUAAAACGUAUAAUGGAAUCUAGUGCCCUUCAUAUUUACAUUCGCCCUUCCCUCCUGUACAGCCAGAAAAAAACCCGCAUGUCCUAUGCUUACGCAAAAGUCCGGCAGGGGUAGCUGUUACAUAUCAUAUUAGCAAAGGCCGUUGUCACCAAACCAUGAACAAUAAAAAAGAUACCGCGCCAGAAGAAACUCACUUCUCGCCGUAGGUUUGUUCCUC